AUGAGAAAUAUCAUUUUCUUAACUUUAUCAGCUUUGUGUUUAAGUGCAGUUGUUGCUUAAGAUUCAAAUCAAGAAAUAUUAAUAUCUAGAGGGCUAGUUAAUUAUACUGAUGCAGAUCUUCUAAGUAUUUACUAAUCUUAUGGAUACGAGCCUGAUCCAAGUAGCGAAAGGUUUUAGCUUUUUAAAAGUAGAUUAGCUAAGAUAAUUGAACAUAACUCUAAUCCUGAUAAAAAAUACAGUUAAAAAAUCAACAAACUUACUUUCUAGACUGGUUCAGAACUAAAGAAGUUUAGAGCUUCAUAAAAUUGCUCAGCUACUGCUUAAGCAAACACCCGUUCAUUCAGAAAAUAUGACUUGAGUUAACUCCCUUAAUAUGUUGAUUGGAGAGAGAAAGGAGUUGUAACUUAGGUUAAGAAUUAAGGUGAAGAUUGUGGUUCAUGCUGGGCAUUUGCAGCUGUUGCAGCUCUUGAAUCUCAUUAUGCUUUAAAAACUGGUAAAAAGCCAAUUUAAUUUUCUGAGUAGCAACUUGUUGAUUGUGCUAGAAAAUUUGAUACCCAAGGUUGUGAUGGUGGAUUACCUUCCAAAGGUUUUGAAUAUUUAGCUUAUGCUGGAGGAAUUUAAACUGAAGCUGAUUAUCCUUAUGAAGGAAAGGAUAAAAAAUGCAGAUUUAAUAGCUCAAAGGCUGUAGCUUAGGUCGAAAAAUCCUUUAAUAUAACAUUUUAAGAUGAGAAUGAAUUGAUUUAUCAUUUAGCUAACUAUGGUCCAGUUGCAAUAGCUUAUGAAGUUAAUGAUGAUUUUGAUAACUAUAAAGAUGGUGUAUUUACAAGUUCUAAUUGCUCUACUGAUCCAGAAGAUGUUAAUCAUGCAGUUCUUGCAGUUGGCUACAAUAUGACAGGUAAGUACUUCAUAGUUAAAAAUAGCUGGGGUAAAGAUUGGGGAAUGAAUGGUUACUUCUAUAUCGAACUUGGAUCAAAUAUGUGUGGAUUAGCAGAUUGUGCAAGCUAUCCUAUUAUUGAUGAAGACGAUGAUGAUAAUGAUGAUGAUGAUGAAGCCGACAAACAUGAUUGA